CAUUAAAAAUUUCGUUCUUACAUUGCCUUUGCCAUGUGAUUUUAUUUGUAAAUAUUGUAAAAUUUACAUUAUAAUCGGAAAAUAUGCAACAAGCACAUAGAGCAGGAACAUUAAAACAGAGCAAUAAAGCUCACAAAUCUCGACAUAGGUCAAAACGAGGCAUUUCAGCUGCAGUUAAAGGAAAGGUUAAUGUCAAGGAGUUUGUCCGUCGCAAUCGCCAUAUACUCAAGAAAGAUGAACGUCGUCACCAGUCUUUGCAGCUUCGUAAGAACAAAAGAGAGGAAGUCUUGAACAAGAAACGUGCUCUGGGGGGAGGCCGCAACCCGCCGUUCCUAGUUUGUGUAGUCCCGCUAAACGCACAGCUUGAUGUUAACUCGGCCCUUGUUAUACUAAAAACAUGUUCUGAAGGUGCAAUAAUUAAUGAAAGCAAAAAUGGAAUUCUGCAUAUUGCGUUGGCUAACUUCAAACAGCGCUUUUCAUUUAUUUGUCCAGAAGUCGGAAAUGAUUUUAGUUUGCUGGACGCAAUGAAGAUUUCUGAUACAGUGUUGUUUGUUUGUUCUGCAUUAGAUGAGCCUGUCGAUGAGUGGGGUGAAAAAGCACUGGCAUUAUCUAUGGCACAAGGAAUGCCUACACCUGUGGUUGUGACUAUGGAUAUUGAGGGUGUUCAUCCAAAAAAAAGAACAUCAGAGAAGCAAAAUGUUCAGAAACUCAUAUCUAAAUGGUUGCCAGAAGAAAAGGUAAUGCAAUUAGACAAAGAAUCAGAUGGCUUAAAUGUUUUGAGAAGAAUAGGAAAUCAAAAACGUAACAUUAUUCACCACAGGGAAAAACGGCCCUAUAUGCUAGCCGAGGAGUAUGAGUUUACACCCAAUCCUGAGGGUGAAGAGGGGGUUUUGAAAAUUAGUGGCUACCUCCGCGGUAUGCCACUGAAUGUAAAUGGACUGCUUCAUAUAACUGGUCUGGGAGAUUUUCAAAUGUUGAGAAUUGAUGGGCAUGAUGAUCCCUACCCGAUAAGCUCAGUCAAAGAAAAUGUUAAGUCCAAUGGAAUGGAUGCCGAGGUCACAAAAGUCACAGUUUUGCAAGAGGCAGACCCACAAAAACAACAGCCAUUGAUAUGUGAAAACAUCCCCGAUCCAAUGGAAGCGGAACAGACUUGGCCCACAGAUGAAGAAAUUAAGGAUGCAAAUAUUGAAACUAAAAAGAAAGUGAAAAAAGUUCCCAAAGGCUGGUCAGAUUACCAGGCAGCAUGGAUUGUAGAAUCGGAGGAUGAAAAUGAGGAUGAUGAGAAUAUAAGUGAUGAAGAUGACGAUAAUGAAGACGAUCAGUUUAUGUCCUGUGAGGAGGAUGAUUCAGAAGUUGAGGAGAAUGGACAAGACAAUGACUUUGAAUCCGUUGCUGAUUCAGAGGCAGUACCCAAUGAUGAAAGAUAUGAUGCCACAAUUGAUGCAAUGGAGGAGCAUGAGAUGCUGCAGAAGCUGGCUGCUGCAAAGGAGGACCAGCAGUUUCCAGAUGAAGUCGACACUCCUCAAGAUGUCCCAGCUAGGGAGAGGUUUAUGAGGUACAGAGGAUUGGAAUCAUUCAGAACAUCUCCUUGGGAUACCAAAGAGAAUUUGCCCACAGAUUAUGCUAGAAUAUUCCAAUUUGAAAACUAUGAUAGGACAAGAAGGAGAGUAUUCAAGGAACUUGAAGAAAGUCUUGUUAACAUGCAUGGUUUCUACAUCACAAUUCAUGUGAAAAUGCGUAGCGAUCUCUGGACAGUUUUCCAUGAGGCAAACAAGAAUGCGCCACUUGCAGUAUUUGGGCUCCUGCCGCAUGAGCAUAAGAUGUCCGUGAUGAAUGUUGUUUUGAAGAGAACUGGUGCAAGCGAUGAGCCCAUCAAGAGUAAGGAGAGACUGAUCUUCCAAGUAGGGUAUAGGCGGUUCAUAGUUAACCCCAUAUUUAGCCAACAUACUAAUGGCAGCAAACAUAAGUAUGAAAGGUUCUUCCAGCCAGCUUCUACAUGUGUUGCAACCUUCUUUGCUCCCAUACAGUUCAGUCCAUCUACAGUUUUAUGUUUCAAGGAAAAGAAGAACACACAACUGCAGCUAGUGGCUUCAGGUGUAUUACUGUCUUGUAACCCAGACAGACUGGUCAUAAAACGAAUUGUACUCUCUGGUCAUCCAUUCAAGGUCCACACAAAAUCUGCAGUGAUAAGGUUUAUGUUCUUCAAUAGAGAUGAUGUUAUUUACUUCAAGCCAUGUAAACUAAGGACAAAAUAUGGACGUACAGGCCAUAUCAAGGAACCACUAGGUACUCACGGCCACAUGAAGUGUGUGUUUGACGGUCAGCUGAAAUCUCAGGACACGGUGCUUUUGAAUCUGUACAAGAGAAUGUUCCCAAAGUGGACAUAUGAGAACUGUAUAGUGACGGACAAACCGACCGCCGGUGACGCUAUGGUGGAAUAAAUUACAUCAAACAUUA